AUGGCAAUGACUGAACCUCAACCAGACGCACUAUACAAAAUGCUUAUAAUAGGUGACUCAGGAGUUGGAAAGUCUUGUUUUCUCUUGCAGUUCACAGAAGGCGAUUUCAAAGAAGACCAUAAUGUAACAAUUGGUGUUGAGUAUGGAGCGAAAACUGUAAAAGUCCUUAAUAAGCUUAUAAAACUUCAAAUAUGAGACACCGCUGGACAAGAAUCGUUUAGAGCUAUAACCCGUUCUUUCUAUAGGAAUGCCCAUGGAGUCGUUUUAAUGUAUGAUCUUACACGAAUGGAAAGCUUUCAAAACUUAGAAGAUUGGUUAAGAGAAAUUAGGCAAAAUUCUGAUCCUGAAGUCACUGUUUAUCUUGUAGGAAAUAUGCUUGAUUUAGCUGAGGAAGAGAGAGAAGUGACGGCUGAGCAAGCAACUAAAUUUGCUGAAGAGCAUAAGUUAGAUGGAUUUACGGAAGCUUCAGCGAAAACAGCAGAAAAUGUUGCCGAUGUAAGUAUUUUUACUUACUCGCAUUAUUUAAUAUCGAACUUUGCUUCUAUGCUAUUAGUUCAUAUUUUAUGAAUUCAGAAAAAUUAAAGAUUUAUCAUACUUUAGUGUUGCGGCUGGAAUUGAAGUAUAUUUUUUGUGACAAAAAAUUUUAAUUUAUUGGAAUAGAGAAUAAAUUGAAGUUUGCUAAAUAAGAAGGGAAGCUAGGGUUUUUGCCAAGGUAGCUGAAGUCCUUUAUAAAAAGCAUGGAGAAAAAACAAAAGAACCUCAAAAAGCUCCUGUUCCACUAGUGCAUAUUAGGCCAGUUCAACAAAAAGAAAAGUCGAAAAAGUGCUGUUAA